CCACGCCUUUCCGUCCCUCUUUCUCGUCCGAGAGGCUUUUACAUAACGCUCCCCUGAGAUUCCUUGUGCCGGUAAAUUCUCAGAACCAGUCACGGAUUUUCGCGGUGUGGUCACGACACUCACACAGGCUCCUUGGUGCGCUUGGAUAUCAUUUGGUUUUCGAUCAAACUCAGCCUGUCAAUGUCUGCAAAAGCUGAUAAGCCGUCAUUCGCCCGGGUGGCAGCAGCUACCACAAUGGCGGAACCCGCUUCGACUUCGACACCUCAGCUUAGUGGAGACGCAAAGGAGAACCGGCCACCAAUGUCGACACAAUCUUCCACGGGUCAGACCGCUGACUCACACAGCGUUCCUGUGGUCGUGAGUGGCAGCAGAGGUCGGGACGCGGGUGGUAGACCUAUCGAGCAACGACCUUUGACCGUGGACAAUGUAGCAGAGUCUCUGGGCGGUGUUCAGCUCAGCACGCACCUCCAAGGACGCAAGGAGUCGGUUGACGAAGGGGCAGGCAACAUGCACUUGGGUAGGCCCGCGAUCGUGAGCCGAGAGAGCGCUCUUUCAGACUGUUCGCAGCGUGCCGAUUCUAGUUCCGAGCUUGGCACAAAGCCGCCCAGUCUUGACGGGAAAAGUAUCACCUCUGGAACCACCUUUGCUCUGGACGAGAAGGAGUCGCUGCGGCCCGACGACAGCGCCAGUGUGAUGGCAGCAGGUGACGACGAUGAGGUCUUCUCCGUCCGGGGAUCGAUCUUUGCCGGUUCACGCAUGGGAUCAGAUCUUGCGGCUCGCGCUAGGGGUAUUCAAUUAGGCGACAUGCCCGAUCGCCGGCUUAUGCAGGCCACGCCAGCCAGCUCGGGUCCUGGUGUUCUCACACCUCACAGCAACUCUUCUGAGCAGCAGGCGCGCGGUGUACUGCCUCCCUUGACAGGUGCCUCGGCGCCUCCUGACGCACUCGAUGUCAUCUAUCGCCAAGCGCCUGACGACAAAUUGAUUGACGCCAUGAGAGACCAAAAGGACAGACUUUACCUGCUUAGGGUCGAGGCUCUUUUGAUCAAUUUCGUGGAAAACUCCAAUAAACCGUUUGAAGACGUUGUAGCUGGCAAUUCCUUCUACAGGAUGUUAGCACACAAGUUGGCCGACUACUACCACAUGACGCAUUCUUACGAGCCCAGCAAAGACGCUGUGCGCAUCUUCCGGACCCCGUUUUGUCGAGUACCGACUUCACUUGCCAACUGGAACCCAGAACCCAAGGCGGAAGAGAAGGAAGAGUCGCCACCAAUGAUUCUACCCAAGAAGAUCAUGCGCAGAGGCCAAGAGGAUGAGACAGGUGCAGGCAGCGCGGCACCGUCCAAGCCAGCUUCGGAAUCGGGCACAGAUUCGAAAGAGGGCAAAGAAAAGUCACAGACUGGUCAAAAAUUGACUCGCGAAGAACGCGAAGAGAUUUACAAGUUAGCGCGUGAGCGUAUCUUCGGAUCCGCCGAGGACAGUGCGCAGGAUGCAGACAAGGACAAUGGUGUCUCGAGGGCCAGCUCGGUCUCGGCCAGCAAUAACAAAACCGCCCAAGGCAAGGCUCGUCGUGGUGCAAGGCAUCGGCGUGAUGACUCUGAUGGCUUCGACUCCCGAAACAACUACACGCCGUACUGGGCUCCGCAACAGGCAGCCUGGGGCGCUGUUUAUGGUCAGGGCUUACCAUCGCACGCCAGCAUGCAGCAACUGUACAACUCCGGCAUGGCACCAGGCUAUGCACCCAAUGCUGCGGGAUAUCCCAGCAUGCCAGUGGCAGCACCUGGUAUGGCGCCUGGUACGCCCCAAGGGGCGCCCACCGGUCAAGGAUAUCCCAACUAUCCCGUGGCGCAGGCACAGUACCCGCCGCAUGCGCAACCCCAGAGGUUUCCGAGCAGUGGCAGUCUGUACGGCCCAUCAACACCAGGAACGCCUCAGCAGCAGCAGCAAGGCUGGGGUCCAGCGCCCUCGUCACCUGCGGGCUACCAGCCAAAAGGAGGCAGUCCCAGCAUUCCGUAUGCUUUUGGCCAGCUCCCUGCGCACAUGAAUCCUCAUGACCCCAAGUCGCAACAUCCUAUCCCCGGAAGCUACAACCGGAACCACAGCUUCAACCCCAAAACCCAGUCUUUCGUGCCGGGAAGCGCAGGAAUGGCUCCCGGGCCGGGGCCGCAGCCACCGUUCACGGCACCUACAUCACACCACGGUAGUCCCCAAAUAGGGUCCACGGCGCCUUCGUUCCCAUACCAGGCAGGGCCUCCGCAACCCUACAGCGGGGGCUAUGGCAUGGUACGGCAGGCUUCCAACACCUCGGCCCCCGGCUAUCAGACUCCAGCCCAAAUGGCUCCUACGCAUGGCCAAUACCAGCAGCCUACACAGCCCGGCCUUCAGCAGAUGCCCUUGCAACACGUAUCCUCGAACCAAUUCCCUCAUACCUCACGACCGCAUCCCUCACAGCAGCCGGCACACCACCCUCCCCCUCCAAACUUCAACCACCUGCCAACAUACGGCAACCCGGCAAGCCUUCCGCAAAAGCCGGCCAAUGGAUUCUAGAAAGCAUCAGACGGUGUUGGGGGACUUAACAUGAGCCGCGGACAGGGCUUUUCAUGAAGCAUUUUUAGCAUUUCGGCGUUAUCAGGGUGGUGCAGAUGUGAAAAAGAAAAGACGGAUUCUGAGAACAAGCAACGCCGUAAGGCAAAUGUAUUCCACAGAGCAGGUACACACACAUCAUCGGC